AUGAGCGAUUUUUCUUCCUCAUUGGCUUGGGACUCCAUUAGAGCUACCGAGGCCGAGGUGGAUUGGGUUAAAUUUGUUUGGUUUUCUCAGUGCAUUCCGCGCCAUGCGUUCCAUAUGUGGUUAGUAAUGCGGGGUAAACUGUUGACCCAAGACAAAAUUUUGCAAUGGGAUUUGUCUAGGAGGAAGAGUAUGAACAUGAUGUGUUGUGUGCUAUGCUAUGCGAAUGUGGAUUCCCAUGAACAUCUUUUUUUCGAAUGUGGCUUUUCAUCUCAAGUGUGGAGUUUGGUUAGAUCCAAAGGGAACAAGGCAACUGUCGAUUCGAAAUGGAGCAACAUUGUUGAUUGGUUACGGGACCGGGCUACUUCUAAAUCGGCUGAUAAUUAUGUAAGUCGAUUAAUUGUGGCUGCCACGGCUUAUACCAUUUGGCAAGAGAGGAACGCUAGACUCUUCAAGAAUCAUGCAAGACCACCGGAUACGGUGCGUAACCUCAUCUUAAGUAUUGUCCGAUACAAGCUAAUGGGAGUUAAGCUCAAGAACACGGAUAGAGUGAGAAAAUUGCUAGAAAGCUGGGAGAUUCAUAGCGACGGUGUCAUUGAUAAUGGAGGCUGA